CUCAGAAUCCCCUGGUGCGGUCUUGCCGGGACUGGCUUUCUCCAGCCUUGGGAACUACAGACCUCGCCCUCAGGUCAGGGUGCCAACCUGGCGGAGAUAGCAGUGCGCACGCGCAGUCCAGCCGCCACGCCCAGAAGUCUCCAGGCCCCGCCCCGGUGGCUGCUUUGCGUUAAGACUUUUACGACUCGGAACCAGGCACCACAGUCCAGUCUGCGUUUUCUGGACUAUGCUUUUCUGGUAGAGGAACCCAGAGGACUGACCAGCUCUUGCAGGUCUAAAACCAUGGCCCGUGGAUCCCUGACAUUCAGUGAUGUGGCCAUAGGCUUCUCUCAGCAGGAGUGGGAAUGUCUUGAUCUUGUUCAGAAGACUUUGUACCGGGAUGUGAUGAUGGAGAACUAUGGUAACUUGGUUUCACUGGCAGACCAUUACAUUUCUAAGCCAGAUGUAAUCACCUUACUGGAGCAAGGAAAAGAGCCCUGGAUGGUUGUGAGGGAGGAAACGGGAAGCUGGAGAACAGAUUUUGAAUCAAGAUAUGAUAUAAUCAGCUAUGGAAAUAUGUACAUUUCUACAAAACCUUCAUCUCUUACUCUGCAUCACAGAAUCAAUAAUGGAGAGAAACCAUACGGAUGUAAGGAAUGUGGGAAGGCCUUUAGUCGUCAUACAGACCUUAGAGUACAUCAAAUAAUUCAUACUGGUGAGAAACCGUACAGAUGUAAGGAAUGUGGGAAAGCCUUUAGUCGUCAUACAGACCUUAGAGUACACCAAAUAAUUCAUACUGGUGAGAAACCGUAUGAAUGUAGGGAAUGUGGCAAAGCCUUUAGUCGUCUUACAGACUUUAAAGUACAUAAGAGAAUUCAUACUGGUGAGAAACCCUACGAAUGUGAAGAAUGUGGGAAGGCCUUUAGUCGUGCCUCAAACCUUGCUCAACAUGGAAGAGUUCAUACUGGUGAGAAAUCCUAUGGAUGUAAGGAAUGUGGGAAGGCCUUCAGUGACAUUGGAACACUUAGAAUACAUCAGAGAAUUCAUACUGGUGAGAAACCCUAUGAAUGUAAGGAAUGUGGGAAGGCCUUUAGUCAAGCCUCAAAUCUUAUACAACAUGACAGGAUUCAUACUGGUGAAAAACCCUAUGAAUGUAAAGAUUGUGGAAAGGCUUUUAGUCAUGCUUCACAUCUUGUUAGACAUGAGAGAAUUCAUACUGGUGAGAAACCCUAUGAAUGUAAGGAGUGUGGGAAGGCUUUUAGGAGUAGCCAUCAACUCACUAUACACCAUAGAUUUCACACUGGUGAGAAACCCUAUGAGUGUAAGGAAUGUGGGAAGGCCUUUAGUGUGUAUGGACGACUUACUCGGCAUGAAAGUAUACAUAGUGGUAAGAAACCAUUUGAAUGUAACAAAUGUGGGAAGUCCUUUAGGCUCAGUUCAAGCCUUAAGGUACAUCAGAGUAUUCAUACUGGUGAAAAACCCUUUGAGUGCUACAAAUGUGGGAAGUCCUUUAGACUUAGUUCAAUGCUUAAGACAUCACAGAAUUCAUACUGGAGAGAGACCUUACGGGAUAUAUGUAUAGUAGACAGUGGGAUUGCAGCACUGGAGAAGCAGUUUAAAUGAAGAGAAUGUGAGAAAGCUUUUCACAUUUCAGUUCUUAUAAAGCAUCAACUAAUUUGUGCUGGCAAGAACUCCUUGGAAUUUAAAUAAUAUUUGAAGUGUUUCAGUUAUGACCCAAAUAUUGCUCACCUUCAGAGAAUUUAUAUUGUACUUUAUAUUAGAAAAUCUUCUAUGGAA